UCCUUAUUUACAUAAAUUUCUGUCUUCUCUUGCAAGUACAAACUUUUUGCUGAUGAUGGAAAAAUAUACCUACAGACUAAUAUUAUUACUUCCUACUGCACACAGAACUUGCCUUCCAUGUGCAGAGAGACAUAUAUAUACCUUCUUGUAUCCAAAGCUGAAUCAUGAGGACUUAAGUUAUAUACUGACAAAACUUUAAAUACUGACAAAACUGUUGCUAUUAGGUUCUUUAUGGCACCGCACCCCAUGAAGGACCUGCUUAUUACAAGAAUGGCCAUCUAAUUCAGUUCAUAGCCUUGGCAACAGAUUUAGGAUUGUUGGUUGAUACCACUGAAAUUCCAUCAGCAUAUCUGCAAUAUUGCCAAUAAGGCAUCUUGCAUCGCCUCAAACCUCCUUAAGACUUCAGUAAACCGGGACUCCUCAUUUAUGCUUUCUCUUUACAUUACAAAUAUUAAUCCUAUAAUAGAGUUCUGUUCCGUAGUUUGGCACAGGUUAUGAGGGAGACCUUUCAUUGUUGGAAGGGAUCCAGUGCUGUUGGUCGAAAUAAAUUAUUGGUUACCACAACAUUGAUUAUAGCGGUUGUCUUUCUGCUCUGGAUCUGUAUUCAGUGCUGGGUAGGCUGCUCCAAGCUGACCUGAUAAUAGUGUGGAAAAUAUUUAAUUGAUGAACACUUAUUGCAUAUACUUAUUUCUUAUUCUUACGCCUGAUGCCAGGACUUGUUUCCACCCUCUCAAAAUAUUCUAUCCUCAUGUACAGACUGACUUACACGAAAGAUUGUUCUCAAUUAGAAUUAUUAAUCUCUGGAAUUCUCUGCCCUCCGAGGUUGUCCUAGCUCCUGCCUUAUCCCAGUUUGAAAGAGUUCUUGCAAUUCAUCUGGGGGACAGUCUGUUUGAAUAUUUAUUAUUCUUUGAAAAAUUCUCAUAAUUGCUUACAACACACAUUCCACAGUAUUUUGCAGCCGCUUGCAUUACUGUUAUUGAAAAAAUCUAACUCUACUGUGGCAUGUUGGCAUGUUUGGAGCUCCUUCCCAGAGGAGCUCAUUCUGGUCCAACAUCUCUGUGGAGAAUUAUGAAACCAGCUGCAGGAGGAAAUUUGAGGCUGACAAUGUCAUCUACGAGAGACUAAUCUCUUUCUUCAACAGUGGAAGUUUUGUCAACAGCGAGGACAAGUCGGAACGAAGAUUCAUCCGGAGAAAGGCAGCCACAUUCCAGUGGGAUGCAGCACAGAAGAUCUUGUACUAUACUGGAGUGGGUGACAGCAAGCGGCGGGAAGUGAUACGCACCAUGGAGAAGCUUGCAGACGUGCUGUGGUUUCACCACAGUAGCCCGACUUCAGGUCAUAGUGGUGUGCUGGCAACAUACAACAGGGUUGCUGCAGUGUACUACUGGAGAAGUAUGAGAGAAGAUGUCAAACACUACAUAAGUAUUAUCCAUAAAACUAUCAGGUUUCUGUAAGCAUAUACAGCGUAUCACUAUUUGUAAUACAAAAUUAUGCAGUUUGUUCUGGUCAGGAUAAUAAAAUUGCAUUUACAGUUUG